GGGGAUGAUGACGUCACGCAGCCGCCCCGCCCAGCACGCAGUGUUUAUAACGGAAGUAGCGUCAGUGGCGGCCCCGAUAUCAUCACGGAAAUAUCUCACCCACUCCGAGUUGGUCUGAGCUCUGGCGCCCGCCAUUGGCUCUGGUUGCAGUGACGCAGAGAUGUCGGGGACGAUAAGGCGCCCGUGUUCUACGUCGAGUCUUUAUGGGAUGAAAUCCGGGAAGAGAGUAAACGCAGCUCAGAGAUACUACUAACGCCAGCGCUGGUUAUAUACGUGUCCGGUGUAGACGAGCCGACGGGUGCUUGGUAUCCAAGUGUUGUGCCGACCAGAAGCGCCCUGUCUGUAGACUUCGCUGUUGUAGGAAACACCAGGAUGAAACUGCUGGAGAACUCGCACUUUGAGGCGGUGAACUCCCAGCUGUGCGUAGAGACGGGGGAUUCCCACAUCAUAGGCAGGAUAGAAAGCUUCUCCUGUAAAAUGGCUGGUGAUGAUAAACACAUGUUUAAGCAGUUUUGCCAGGAGGGGCAACCACACGUCCUCGAAGCUCUGUCUCCCCCCCAAACUGGUGGCGUUAGUCCCAGCAGUCUGGGAAAGAGCCUUGGAGCAGAUGAAGAAGGACCUUUGAGUGACAAGUGCAGCCGAAAAACUCUCUUUUAUCUGAUUGCGACUUUGAACGAGUCUUUCAGGCCUGACUAUGAUUUCACUGCAGCUCGGAGCCAUGAGUUCAGCCGGGAGCCCAGUCUCAAUUGGGUGGUUAAUGCUGUGAACAGCAGCCUGGUCUCCGCUCUAGGUGAAGAUUUCACUUCUCUCCAGCCUAAUUUGUGGGACGCUGUGGAUGAGGAGAUCAGCCUGUCAGAGUGCGACAUCUACAGUUACAACCCAGACCUGGACUCUGACCCGUUUGGAGAGGACGGGAACUUGUGGUCCUUCAACUAUUUCUUCUACAAUAAGAAGCUGAAGAGAAUCGUGUUUUUCACGUGUCGGUCUAUCAGCGGAUACACCUAUAAGCGGGCUGAUGUAGGUUCUGAGCUGGAUAUGUAUCUGGAGGAGGAAAUGGAGGAUGAAGCCAGUCACAUUGGGGGGGUCAGGCACCCAAUGAUGUGUACCUAAGAAGAUGAUGAAAGCAACGAUCGAGCACAAGACUCAGACUUGCUCCUUUUAAUGUGUUCUCCGCCAUCACCUUGCUCUCCUAAUUUACUUGUAUUCAUGUAUUCUUCUUUCCCCGCUGCUUUCUCUCUCUGCCCCUCUGUACUUCCCUUCCCCCUAUGAUUCCUCCUUCAGAUACCUCCCUUCUUGCUUGUCCCCUCUGUGUCCCCAUUCCUACUUCUUGUUGCCGUCUCCGUACUCUCCUUCCCACAUCUGUGCUCUCCUUCCCACCUCUUGCUCUCCACUCUGUGCUCUCCUUCCCACCUCUUGCUCUCCACUCUGUGCUCUCCUUCCCACCUUUUGCUCUCCACUCUGUGCUCUCCUUCCCACCUCUUGCUCUCCACUCUGUGCUCUCCCUUCCAUGUUCAGAUCUUCCUGGUCAGAUCCUCUUUCAUUUUGUGCCGUUUUCCUGAUUCCCGGACACUUUUAUGGCAUUUUAAGAAAUAAUGACAGAGACCAGGAUGGAUAUACUUUGGCUCUGUUGCUGACAAAACUCUACUUUCUGUAUGGAAGACUCUAAUAUCUCCAUUGAUACCAUCCGGCCGACAUGAACAUUUUGACGUUGUAUAUAGUUGCUAUCUAGUAAUUGGUACCAUCCUUUGUAAAUGUAUGAGGAGAAGAGUCAUGUCAUGAAGUGUAUGUGAUAGGAGAGCAAUGCUGGCUGAUAUAUAUUUGUGUAUUGAGCUUUCUUGCCUUUAGACUCUACUACCCUUGGAACAUAUGCGAUAUUGGCUUGUGCACUGAUGUACAAUUAGUGUGUUUAUGUAUAUACUGAGAUUACCUAGGAGUAAUAUUCAGAAGGCUGAAGCCGUGAGAUGGCACAAGUUACGGCAGCUCUGUUCUCCUGGUCCGCGGUAUAACCAGAGUUAUACCAUCUCCUUAUCAAACGCUAAAAUAGCAAAGUUACUUCAAGUUUCUAACAACAAUUGUAAGUUACAGGAGAUAGUGCGUUGUAUCAGAGGGAGCCCGUCUAUGGGAGACAAGGUCCCAGUAAUUCCCCUUCAUGGUCAGGAUGAGGGAGUUUAUAUGUGAAGGGUUUCUUGUACUUUAUACAAUGUGUUGGUUGCAGAUUGUGUUUUUAGAAGUUUUUUUUUAUGCAAAUGGUAAUUUUCUUUAGAUAAAUAAAGAUUCUUUAAAAAGA